CCCCUCCGUGCUGAGAUGGCUGUGGAGUCUCGGUGGUUCCUGUGAAGUCAGAACGGUUUCUGUGGACGUACCGCAGGAGGGAGCGAGCCCUUCGCAGCCCGCUUCGCGCUCCGCCUGGCAAAACCCGAAAGCCACGGUCUGACUCCAGCUUUGGCCUGAAGGGAGCGACGUGGUGGCCGUCCCCGCCGUGGUGGAUUCUGGGUGCGAGCCGUUAGCUGCGUGGCCGGGCAGCCUGGCUGCCCCCCUGCCUCCAGAUGAAUGAAGAACACUCCAGGACACAGAGACACAGCUGAUACAGGGCAUGCAGGUGUUUCUGCAAAUAUGAUGAAGAAAAAGAAUCCGCACAAAAAGCAUAAGAGCAAUCUGGGCCCCACCACCAAAGUUCUGUCGCAGCCUCGGCGCAACAUCGUGGGCUGCCGGAUCCAACACAUCUGGAAGGAGUCGGGCGGAGGACACGUGGUCUGGAAAGGCACGGUGCUGGAUCAGGUGCCGGUGAACCCGUCGCUCUAUUUGAUAAAGUAUGACGGCUUCGACUGCGUCUACGGCCUGGAGCUGCAUAAGGACGAGCGGGUCCAGGGCCUGGAGGUGCUCCCCGACAGACUGGCUAAAUCCCGCCUGACGGACGUCAGCCUGGCCGACACCAUGAUCGGCAAGGCGGUGGAGCACAUGUUCGAGACGGAGGAGGGACCCAAGGAGGAGUGGCGGGGCAUGGUCCUGGCCCGGGCCCCCAUCAUGACCACCUGGUUCUACAUCACCUACGAGAAGGACCCGGUCCUCUACAUGUACCAGCUGCUGGACGACUACAAAGAGGGCGACCUGCGCAUCAUGCCCGACUCCAACGACAACGUCCCGGCGGAGCGGGAGCCCGGCGAGGUGGUGGACAGCCUGGUGGGCAAGCAGGUGGAGUACGCCAAAGAGGACGGCGGCAAGCGGACGGGCAUGGUGAUCCACCAGGUGGAGGCCAAGCCGUCCGUCUACUUCAUCAAGUUCGACGACGACUUCCUCAUUUACGUCUACGACCUGGUGAAGACGUCCUAAAGACUGCGCGGCGUCCCGGGGCUCCGCCCACACGACUGAAUCAAACUGCAGCUGCACACGUUGAGACAUCCGAAGCAUUUUACCCAGCACUCGUUCUCAAACCAUCCGCCACAGCAAGACGUACUCCACGGAGCAGCCGGAGCAGAUUUCUCUUGGGAAUCAGCUUGAUUUUUUUUUUUUUUUUUUUUUCUCCUUCGGGAAAAUAUUAGGAGGAAGAAAAGACCUUUAAAUCCUAAAAAAAAAAAAAAAAAAGAAGAAAAAAUCACGCUUUCACUCCCCCUUUUUAUAGGCUUCGGAGCCCGUCUACCUUUCUGAGUGGAGAAAAAGUGGAAAAUUUUCAUCUAGAAAAAAGAUUUUUGGAAAAAAAAAAAGUCUCACGUUAGAACAAAAAGGCUGUUUUUCUAGAGGAGGAUGGACUCACGCGAUCCCGGCUCUCCACUUGUCAAUUGACUCUGAACAACUGGAAAAGCGUCAGCGAACAAGCCCCGCCCCCGCCGCCGCCUCCAGCCCGCCAGAGGAGGCGGGGCCCAGUGAAGAUGUAGCCCGCCCAUUGGUUAGAAGCCCGCGGUGGUGGAGCAGCUGGUUCCGGACUCGGGACGGCGCCCGGUCCUGCUCCGUGGUGAUUCCAGGUUUAGUCUGGACCGAAGCCCAUCGAUCACUCCGAAAUAAUCCUGCUUCAUCGGCUAAAGUUACUUUUAAAACUUUUAAAACUUUUAAGAAUUUGAUUGACUUCGUCAGCUUCCUUAUUUUAACAUUUCUCUAGAACAGGAAAUUUCAUCAUUUUUGUGGCUUUUACAGAUUAAACACUAAUCUUAACCUUUAAUAUUUAGUAAAAAUUGGAAUAACCUUUCAAAUUCUGCACUUUUAAAAUAUAACGAGACAAUUUUUGAAGUUCGAUGUGGAGCUAUCGAAGACCUCCGCUGGAGCGUCGUCAGUAAAAAAUGGGUUUCGGUUAAAAAUCUCCGUUCACCAGGCUCAAUUUGGACUUUUUUAUGAGGCCUCCUCACCAGUCAGCUGAAAGCCGGGGGGGUAGAGUAGAGCGGGGAAUCGCCCCCCACCCCGCCUGAGGUCGGUUCCCCUCGUUGUACAGAGCAGAAGGACGUUCUCAUCACCAUAGUGCGCUACUUCCACAACGUCAGCAUCGACCAGUCCUCACCGAAAGACGCCUGCAGUUCGAGACUGGCUUUAAAAGAAGAAGAGGAAUGACUUCUCUUAUGGGUUUUGUUGUUUUUUUUGUUUUCGGUUUUUUCUACGCGUUCUUGCUUUUAUCAUUGCCAAAAACUUUGAUCCUGUCGUGAAGUUGUUUGACGUUGGAUAUGAUCAGACGGCUUUUUUUUCUCGUGAUUUCACUGUAAGCCUUUUGGGUUCGAGUGUCGUUCGUCUUUUCUACGUCGCUGUUGGAGGAGCGGAGAGCGCACGCCGCGCUCAGACGGCAGUUGGAGCGCCAGAACCCGACGUGCGGGCGUCGGCAGCCUGCUCCCGCUCCGGCGCCACGUGUUGCUUGUUGAAAUUAGAACUGAAACAACAACAAUAAAACAAAACAAAAAAAAAAAAAGAACAAGGAAAAAAAAAUCCCAGUUUGUUUUUCCACACACGAGCAGGCAGCCGUGGGAAUCGAACCCGUUCUUUUCCCCGGACUUUGGAAGAAAGGCCACAUCCGGAGGUCCAGCGUUGGGUUCUGAGGCAUGUAUGCAAUAAAAGGACACAGUGGGUAGAGUUUGGUAAAUGAAGAGAUUAACAACCAGUCGAGGUUAAAAACUUCCUUUUCACUAAUGUAACUUUGAUUUGGGUUUACGGCGGACUGGAGGCUCGGCCCGACCGGCUGUUCUGCGCUGGGUUGAACGUGAGGCCUCGAAGUGUUCCGUCAUCCAGACACGUUUCCAGAAGAGGAGGGAGUCUUGAAAAGACUCGACCGGCCGGCGAGCAGGGUAGAAAAAAAAGAAGAAAAAAACCUCCCAGCAGAACAGCGGAGCGUGAAGCCUUCAGUCUGUAAACCCUGUGGUGUAGUUAGUUAUUGAGGCAGGUUAAAAGCUCAUUGUUAUGACUGCUCUAAAAGUUAAAAGAAAAAAAACAGUGUCUGCGUUUGUGUAUCUGUUUUGUUUUGGAGUUCUUUUUUUAAAUUUUUUUUGUCCAUCACAAAGCAGAACGAUUGUGAUCAUCUGCGCAGACGCUCUCCUCAUCCGUUCUGGGUUCCAGCCAGGCUGUGUACGGUUCACUUUGCUGUUCUCUCGAUACCAGAUUAUUAUUGUUGUUGAUGUUGGAAUGACAUGGGCCUUCUAUCAUCCUUCUGCCUUUAACUUGUUUUGUUUUGUAUGUUUGGAAAAAUGUAUGUUAAUUUUUAUUGUCAUUGGAAAACCUGA